AUGGCCCAUUCUCGUACUGAAGAAGCAAGACAGCUCGUUUACGCCGACUGUCCGGUUGAUGACCCGGGUCAAUUCAGACUGCUGGUCCUGCGCCCAGGUCCUCGCGAUGCUCAAGCAGAUGGGACGAAAACACCUGUCAUCGCCGACCUUCGCUCUUUCCAGAUCUGUGAGGCGCCGCCAUACAUCGCCUUGUCGUACUCAUGGGGCACAGAACCAACCGGGAUCGAGCUUGAGAUCGGUCCGUUGGCGUGCAUACCUAUCACGAAGCACCUAGACCGAGCUUUGCGCCAGGCAAGGAAUCCACGAAAAUCGGUCUUCCUGUGGGUCGACGCAUUAUGUAUCGAUCAGCAGAAUGUGGAGGAACGCAGUGCACAGGUGAGCAUCAUGCAGCACAUCUUUUCCGCGGCAGAGGAUGUCUACAUAUGGUUGGGCAUGGGGACAGACGUACUUUCAGCAAGAAAUCUCGAAGAUGGGCCCACGGCGGAGAAUCUGCGAUGGAUGAUUGCUUUGAACCGCGACACGAAACAGAACGACCAAUUCGUGGGUCUGAACGCGCAGGCUAUGCGUUCAAUCAUGGGACAACAAACUCAUGCAUGGUGGAAGCGGAAGUGGGUACUCCAGGAGGUGUCCGUCGCUAAGAACCCUCCGCUUGUGCUGUACGAUGAGUACAUAUUCGAUGGAGCGGCGUUUUUCAAGUCAUGGCCUGCGGAGUUCAUCCUGGGGUCUCCUCGAACACAGCAGAUAUCCGAUGUGCGCCCUGGACAAACGUGGUCAUCUGGAAUCUGGCAGGCCUUCAUGUCCAUGGAGCAAUCUAUGCGUGUGCCAUGGCUCAUGCGAGAUUGGUGGACAUACUAUCAGAUUCACCCCAGUGAAGGUCGGCCACUAGGUGAGUUACUUCGAAUUGCUGCAGCUUCGAACACGUCCAACCAUCUCGAUCAUGUCUACGCGCUACUGGGUCUCACUACUGCGCAGCACCGAGCUGAGAUUUCCGUAGACUAUUCUAAACCCCCGGAAAGGCUCUUUCGUGAUGUAUCGCGCCUUCUGUGGGACAGGAACACGAACGCGGAGCAGCAUAGUUUGGUGAAGGAUGGAGAAAGCACAUCUUUCGCCAUGCUUGCUUUUCAGUGGUCUCGUUACGAAACGCCAUCGUGGUCCUGCAACUUCAGUGUCGCUACCGGCAUUGACCGUGUCGACUAUCAGACGUGGACGCACCUACCUACGGGAAACAGAACUGAAGAAAGCUCAGAGGCGUUGACCUUCGUACAAAAGCGGUGGAACUACCACAACAUCGAGACAGAAUAUGCGAUACCUGAGCUGCCAACUUCCCGGGAGCACGACAACCUCAUCACACUGUACGGCGUGGUCCUGGACACCGUAGAAUUCGCCCUUGACGCGGCGAAAUACAUGAAUCAUCCACACGCCUGGCAGGUAAUGGCCGAAGCGCUUCACUGUAAAGAAGACCAUCUACGGGCGAUUAAGGUCGGCGUUGCGAAAUACGACAAAGGUAUGCCGGAAGUACGCAUGCUCGAGCCAUUUCGCAUCUUCACCACGCAGAAUGGUAACUUAGGCCUCGCAUAUCGGUCUUCUCGGCCGAGCGAGCAUACUAAGCUAUUCAACAUCGAAGUCGGCGACGACGUGGCGCUCAUGCUGGGAGCGACUACUCCGGUCACAGCAUGA